UGUCCCUUGGCGUUUGACCGUGUACAUACUCGCAGAAUCGCAGUGAACCAUGAAGUUGACGUGCGUGUUAGUGUUGGCCUGUCUCAGUGCCGCUUUGGCACAGGAUACCAUCGAUACCGGUGUGCGUGUCGCCAUGAAGAUCUACGACGAUUGCAAGAAGUCCGAGGGAUUUUCGCCGUGCCUCAAGAAGAAGGCCAUCACGUUCGUCGACAGAUUGAGCAGGAUGGAGAAGCUCACCCUCACCGACGGCGUCACUUUGAUCAAGAGCGCCGACGCCAAGCCGGAGCCGGUUUUGAGCGAGGAGCAACUAGAGGCUAGUCUGCCCCGUGCUUUGGAAGCCAAGGACGACGCCCUCACCAACAUCGUCAUGGAUAAAGUGUCCAACUUCUUCAGCUCCCGAUCCUUGGACAUCGCCGUGCCCAGGCUCAUCGAGGACGAGGAGGAGGACGACUACGAAUACGGUCGCGACGGCAAAAUCAAGAUCCCCAAGAUCAAAGGAGGCAAAGGCGGCAAGAAGGGCAAGAAGGGCAUGAUGGGGGGCAUGAUGAUGAUGAUCGUCGGUAAAAUGGUGGCCCUGAUCCCCGUGGCAAUCGCCGGACUGUUCCUGUUGGCCGGCAAGGCUUUGAUCACGGCCAAAAUAGCUCUGCUGCUGUCCGGAAUAAUCGCCCUCAAGAAACUGGUGGCCGCCAAGCAAGGAGGAGGCGGCGGAGGACACGGCGGCCACGAGGUGGUGCACGACGUGCACCUGGGUGGUGGACACGGCGGAUGGCAGUCCGGCGGUGGACACGGAGGAUGGCAAUCCGGAGGCGGCGGCGGCGGCGGACACGGCGGUUGGCAAUCCAGCGGCGGUGGAUGGGACAAGAGGUCUCUCGUCGAGGGACAGAACUUGGCCUACAACGCCUACAAGCCGUGAUGUGCUUCGUUUUAGCAGGAUUAGAGCUUUUUAAUUGUACAUAGGAACCAAAGUUUUGCCUUUUGGUUGUUUACCUCCGUUUUUAUAAUUUAUUUAUUUAAUUUAUGUUACGUAAAUUAUUUAACUUAUUGACUUUUGAUCAGUUUUUUUUUUAAUAAAAAGAAUUGUUUUUAUA